GAACCUCGAAGCCAACACCAGCCUCCCAAACACCCGAAGCUCCUGUCGCCAUUUUGAAAUUUCAAAACCGUUUUGAGGGUUUCGCAAAACAUCCGAAUUGAUCAAGAGAGGAGAAGGUUUCCUUGGACCGAAAGUCACAUAUUUCGAGAUGAGUAUGAACAUGGGAAAGAUCGUGCUUAAAAGCACCACUACCAUGACUCUAAGCGACAGGUUCUCGGAUAUAAUGAAAACCAAGGCAAAACCAAGUUCUGUUCAACAAGUUCGCGCGGGACAGGCGCAAGCGACGCAAGCAAGCGCAAAGAAUAAGCGACUGGCAGAACAGAUGUCACGGCGCUUGGAUGAAACUAGACAGCCUGAGGCUUCCGGGAGCGUGAAAAACCGCCUUGGCGCUGUAUCAACAAAAUCUAGACUUGGAGUUAUUCCUAGCAGUGGCCGCGGAAAUGUCGCAUCACGUAGAGGAUUCUCACAAUGGGGAAGAGGUGCAAGACGCGGACAAUUUAGUCAACCGCGCGGUGGUGGUCCGCGAGGUGGUGGAUCGCGCGGUGGGUUUUCGCCGAGAGGUGGACAGAGAGGCGGACAGCGAGGUGGACAAAGAGGUGGACAAAGAGGUGCAAGAAGAGGAUUCAACAGUGGCCGUGGAAGGGGAAACAUUAGGGGGCGUGGACGAGGGGCAAAUGGGAAUGCCAGUGGAUCGAAGCCAUCAAAAGAAGAUCUUGAUAGCGAGCUUGACUCAUACAUGAACGUUGGAAAGAAAGGCGGCGAUGAAUCCUGGUGACCAUGAAUUAGCUGUUUAUAAAAUGUUCUGUUGUACAUAAAACUGUUUUGUUGUAAUGCGAUGGAAAUCUAGUGACACAUUGUCGCUGGGCAGGCGUUUAGGACAAAUCCUGCCUGCUUUUUACAGAUCCAUCGUUGAUGCAAUUCCUUGUCUUCACCGUACCUCCCCUAUCCCUCGGUUUACAAUGAAGGCUACAUACUUAAGUUACGUUUAUUACCUCUUCCAUUAGCUGACGAAAGUCAGGGGGUGUGCUGUAAGGUAAUCGUCCCUCGGUUUCAACAUGAGUGCUAUACUUAAGUACGUUUAAUACCCCCUUUCAUUAGCUGACCAAAGUAAGGGGGUGUGCUGUAAGGUAAUCGUCCCUCGGUUUCAACAUGAAUGCUACACUUAAGCUAUGUUUAAUACCCCUCUCUUUAUCUGACCAAAGUCAGGGGGUGUGCUGUGAGAUUAUUGUCCCCCACCCCGGUUUCAACAUAAAUGCUGUGCUUUGGUUCAGUUCCACAUCCCUUUCAACAGCUGACGUAAGUGUUGUGAGCUCAUCGUGUUCUAGCAUAUUCCAAGAACACGAUAGCAGUUCUUAUUGGUCAAUAUCACAGUCCUCUAUCUCAUUCGCUAUCUAUUGAUUGACAGCUGUCAGGUUGUGCCCAAUCAGAUUAGUAGAUGCCCAGGACAGGACAAAUCUGUUGCGUCCAAAUUGAGAUUCCUAUUCCCUUGAAUUCAAAAGUAAAUUAACUUAGUUAGUAUCACUUACUAUAACAUUUCUAAGCGGUGAAUCUCCUUCCUUGCUUACUUUUAGGGAACGAACAUUUGAUAAACGACAUGAUAAUGGACCAUUCUCUCCUUUCGAGUUUAAAGUGAUAGGUUAUGUAUAUAUUUACGGAUUUGCAGAGUAUGACGAUUCUCCACGCAAUCUCGCGCGCGAAUGUAUUUUCGCUGUUUUUGCCGCCUUCCCAGCACGUUUUCCCAGCAAUAUAGCCAAGAAAAAAGUUUUCCACAAUACUGAAACUCUUAAUUUGAUGCAUAAUAUCAAAUUAAGGCCUUCGCCGCUAAACUGAUCUCGUUUGUAUUUGCCAUACUCUGCAGACCAGUAUGUUUAUAUUAUAAGACAGUUAAAAACCCCUUGAUUUCACCCUGCCUAUAAUUUUGCUUCCCAUUAGCCCUUCAGCCUUUCUGCACCCUCAAGGUUUAAAAAACCCUAAAUCUCCUUCUUAGCCCCCUCCUCUAUGCCGUUAUCUUCCUUCAUCUCACUGCCAAACUUCCUUGCCUUCUUCUAUCUUCAAUUCUGCUUGUCAGACAUUCCCCUUGCAACCCCACGAUUUUUCGUCCCUCUUCAACAAUACUCCCCUCAUAGAUAUCGCCAUUCUCUCUCUCCAUAUUCUAGCCCCUCUAUCUCACUGUCCUUUCCAUUCCAUACCCCCAUGCCUUCUCCUAUCUUCGAUUUAGCUUUUCAGACAUUCCCCUUGCAUCACCACGAUUUUUCGUCCCUCUUCAACAAUACUCCCCUCAUAAAUAUCGCCAUUAACUUUCUUCAUAUUUUAGCCCCUAUACGUCACUGUCCUUUUGAUUCCAUACCCCAUGCCUUCUUCUCCCCUUACUUCCACUCAUCCUGCCUGCCUACCUUCCCUUAUCUGCCUAUCAAAAAGUUGGGGGUAUGCCCCCUUGCUUCCUGUAGCAUCCUCCAAUUCUCGCAACUAAUCUAAUUCUUUCUCUCACAAACUAGAAAAGUGAGUAUUUUCACAACUCUUCUCUUGUCCAUUUGUCGUUAAACAACGGAUCUUGAAACCGUUUUUCGCUUGUCUUUAUUUCAUUAAUGUUGUAGCCAUAAGAGUGACGUCACUCCAUCUUUUCAACUUAAUUAAGAGUCGCUUAGUUUUUAAUUUCAUAUUUUCGUAUUAAGCAACUCUUGUUUA